GCCCCGUGCCCUGGUGCUCCGGUGUCCCAGUAUCCCGGUGUCCUGGUAUCCCGGAGUCCCGGAGCGGCCGCCGAGCCCCUGCACGGACGGUUCUUCUACUUAAUGCUUUAGAUUCUGGGCUGUAGUAAGAAGAAAUCUGGACAUCCUACAGAAAAUACUGUUGGAGGUGCACUGGGAGUAGAGGGCCGACUUUGGCUUUCCAUGUGCAAUAAUCCUCAGCAUGUUCUUGUUCCAUCCCACUCUGGCCGGGGCCUUUCUCCUGCUCUUCCUCCUUCCAGGAAUUUGGGUUUCAGCUGAGAACAUCAACUUUUACAACGUGAGGCCUCCCCUGGACCCCACCCCAUUUCCAGAGAGCUUUAAGUGCUUUACCUGUGAGAAUGCAGAGGACAAUUACAGCUGUAACAGAUGGGCUGAAGAUCGAUGGUGCCCUGAAAGUAAGUGCACUCAGUACUGCUUGACAGUUCAUCUCUUCACAGACCACGGCAAGAGCACGUCAGUCACCAAAAAAUGUGCCACGGGGGAGGAAUGUCACCUCGUGGGCUGCCACCGGCACGGAGAAAGUGGCCACACAGAAUGUGUUUCCUGCUGUGAGGGCAUGAUCUGCAACGUGGAGAUCCCGACCAAUGCCACCAACGCCGUGUUCGCCGUCCUGCCCGCCCGGAGGACGUCGGGUGGCAGCAGGAGGACAGUCAGCGUGGCAGUGCUGGUGUCAGCCCUGAUGGUCACCCUGUCCUGACCCUGCACCCUCACCACACACCUCCUUGGGCCAUCAGGACUGUCAGGAUCUUCCAGGAGAAAUCUCUGGCACUUCUUAAUUCCAGAAAACGCGAAUGCACAUCGUGAAGUCCUUGGAUAUUUUCAUGAAGAUGCUUCACGUGGCCCCCGGUAUUUACAGAUAUUUACAAAUAAACCCCAGGACAACCCACUUGGACUGAGCAGGGGGGGUGAACUCAAGUCCUAAUUGACUGGUUUAUGAUGAAAAUGCACAUUUGCUUGGUGUGUUUUCUGGACAGAGAGAACUGUGACAAUCCCUUUCCCAGCUUUCGAUGGAUGAUGUGCCAAAGUGGAAACUGCUUUUUAACUGCUUAAAAAGGACCCAGAGUUUCUUGUCUUGGUCAACAGGUGUAUUUAAGCUUAUCUUUAGCCAUGGUUUUCAUAGAGAACAUAUAUGAGAGGACUUCUGCUUUGAUCAGAGCUGUAAUUCCUCCUGCCAAUAAUACAAAACGAUCCUUUAUUAUCUUGCUUUUCUUUCAAAUGUGUCACCCUCCAGUUUUGAAAUGGUGUGAAAUGAUGGAGGAUUUCCAAAAAUGACCAGAAUUCCUGAUCCCCUGCCCCCAAGGGAUGACUUUCUUGCCAUUGAGUCUCCCCUCAGCUGGAUUUUCACCUUUGGGAUAUUGGAAUCCCACGACUUUAAAACUGCAGCUACAACCGAGCAGCUUUGUUGUCAUAAAAACUGUAAGUGGACACUUGGUAUAAAUAAAGAGAGAAAUCUCUGUUCUCUCUUGAUUUGCAAGAAGUUCCUCCCAGAAAUAUUAUUGUCCUUGAUGGAUUUUCUAGGUCAGCACUGUUGGAUACCCCAGGCCUCUGGACAUCAUCCUGUUUGAAAAAUUUGGGCCAAUAUUCUGCUUUUCCUGACAAUAUUCUGGGGUUUAAUGUGGUUUAUUUGCAUAGUUUGACUGUCUGACUCCUCAUUUAGGUGGUUGCUCAUCUCAUUCAUCAAUUAGAUGAACAGCUGCAAAUCUGACAAACAGCAGAGUUUAGAUGAUGUACAUUAUCAUACAUUAAUUUAUUUGAGAAAACUGAUUUUCAGGCACUCCACGGUGUCUGUAUUUCAGCUUGGGUUCACAGGUGUUAUAACUCAAAUAUGUUCAAUUUAAUGCCUAAAUUAGCCACACCUUUUGGAAAUUAUGUUCCUGUCAAUGCACACUCAUGUCUUUAAAUGCCCUUUGAACCUGAAAAUAAUUCAUGAACAAUGGCAAAUCCCUCAAUUUGUGCAGCUGAGGAAAGAGAAGUGUAUUUUUUAUGAUAUAUAAGUGUAAGAUUAUUUUUUUUAUUAUUUACAUUGCACUGAACAGCCUAUAGAAGGUUUAUUUUUAAAAGCUUAAAUACUGAUAAAUUCUUCACUAUUCAGUGUUGUUUGUGUGAUGUUUCCUGUCUGCUGUGUUACUGGUUUAUAUCUUCUCCAGAAAUGGCACUUUUAAUUAAAAAUAUUCAAAUAUUUGCUGGUGGAAAACAUUUGUGGUGACAAAAAUUGCUUGGUAGACUCCUGGCAAAACCUGAGUUUGAAUUAAAAUCUCUCCUGGCCUCAGUAUAGUUUAGAAUUUUAUCUGCUUUGGCUUUUCCCAGUUUUUGGGAGUAUUUACAGAUGCCAAUCCUCCCUUUUUGGAGGGUGAUUUGUCCUGGUAGAGGCACUCUGUGCCCAGAGACAUUAAAAAGGACAAGAAAACUUGAUUAAUUUGCAUUUCUCAAACUUUGAUUGCUGGAAUUGUUGCUAAAGUGUAGUUUUGUGGUGUUGAAGUGGAAAUAAAAUUUACUGUUAUAUUUCAUAGAAUAUCCUGAGUUGGAUCCACAAGGAUCA